UUCUCUGCUGCCUACAGCGGUCCAGUCCACGCUACCUCGUAGUGGCGGCGAGCAGCACGAUCCUCGCAGCUUCGGCUCUCAAUAAAACUGGCCAUUUAUCAUCAAUCAUGGCCGCCAGCGUGCAGCUUUAACUCCCCGUCUUCUCCUCCCUGACGACUUUUGAGAGGAGAAGAGGGGGGGAGGAAGAGGACGGGGGGGAGAUCUGUUUGCGAAGAAGACUGGAUAUAAAUUCCUAGUUUCGCACGGAUUCUUUUUUUAGGGGAGUGUUUUCCUCUUGGAAUUACGGCACAUCUCGCAACUGAGACACCAUCCAUGUCAGAUCUCCAAAAUGCAGCCGCCGCCGAGGAAGGUCAAAGUGACGCAGGAGCUAAAAAACACUCACACGGAGCAGAUGACACGGCUGCACUUUAAACACCAGACCGAAUGCGACCUGCUGGAAGACAUGAGGAGCUACAGUAUGAAGAAAGGACAGCUGGAGCGGGACUAUGCACAGGCUCUGCAGAAGUUAGCAAGUCAGUACUUGAAGAGAGACUGGCCUGGAAUAAGCCCCGAUGACCAGAGAACGGAUUAUAGGAAUGUGUACGCCGUGUGGAGGGCCUACUUAGAGGGAACCGUUCAGGUGAGCCAGUCAAGACUUAAUGUCUGUGACAACUACAAGAGUCAAAUAUCUGAACCCGCCAAGACCGUCAGACUCUAUAAGGAACAGCAGCUCAAGAAGACCAUUGAUCAGCUGAGUGGCAUUCAAGCAGAGCUGCAGGAGUCGGUGAAGGAGUUGGCGAAAGCCAAGAAAAAAUACUACGACUGCGAGCAGGUUGCGCACGCCGUGCGAGAGAAGGCCGACAUAGAGGCCAAAUCCAAACUUGGUCUUUUUCAAUCGAGAAUUAGCUUACAGAAGGCAAGUGUGAAGUUGAAAGCCAAGAGGAGUGAUUGUAACUCCAAAGCGACGCAGGCCAGGAACGACUACCUGCUAACGCUAGCUGCUGCAAACGCUCAUCACGACCGCUACUAUCACACAGACCUGCUGCACUGCAUACAGGCCUUAGAUGGGAGGAUCUACGAGCAUGUGAAAGACUACCUGGUGGCUCUGUGCCGCACUGAGCUGGAGGCCUCGCAGGCUACACACAGCACCUUCCAGUUCCUUCUAGAAAAGUCCUCCAGGAUAAUACAGGAGUUCAACCAGCAGCUGUUCAUGCAGGAGAACCCCGUGUUUCACAAGGCGCACGACUUCCAGUUUCAGGCCAGCGAAUACGACACGACUCUGAGCUCGGUGCCGCAGCUGGUGGACAUUGAGCCGUCGCCCGUCAGUGCCAUGAGAAUGACCCUGGCACAGAGCCGUCAGCUGGAGUCGGAGUCGGGAACGACGGAGGAGCACAGUCUGAACAAAGAGGCCAGAAAAUGGGCAACCAGAGUGGCCAGAGAGCACAAGAACAUCAUCCACUGCAAGCGAUCUCUGGAGGAGUGUGAGGGUCAUGGCCUGCCUCCCACUGAGCAGGGCAGACUAGAUCUGGAGCUGAAGAUCGAAGACACCAAAGAGAUAAUGCGCAAAGCUGAGACGAUAAAGUUGAAAGCCGAGGCUCGAUUGGACCUUUUACGGCAAGUUGGAGUGGCUGUGGAUACCUGGCUGAAGAGUGCAAUGAACCAGGUGAUGGAGGAGCUGGAAAAUGAACGCUGGGCCACUUACACUACCCACGAUCCUUCACUGUCGGGCACAGUGGACUUGGAGCGUGAAGAGGGAGAGGAGUGUGAAGAGAACAUGGAGGUCUUCGACGACAGCAGUUCAAGCCCCUCGGGGACCCUGCGCAACUACCCGCUAACCUGCAAAGUGCUCUACUCCUACAAGGCGUCUCAGCCGGAUGAGUUAACCAUUGACGAACAAGAGAUGCUGGAGGUCAUCGAGGAUGGAGACAUGGAGGACUGGGUCAAGGCUCGCAACAAGACGGGUCAGGUGGGCUACGUUCCAGAGAAGUACCUCCAGUUCCCGACUUCCAACAGCCUGCUGAGCAUGCUCCAGUCCCUGGCCACGCUGGACGCUCGAUCCCACACCUCGUCUAAUUCAACCGAGCCGGAGCUGCACUCCGGCUGCGUCAAUGGAGACACAAACACCGUGUACGUGCGCGCGCUCUACGAUUACGAAGGCCAGGCGGACGAGGAGCUCUCCUUUUCCGAGGGCGCCGUGAUCCGCCUGCUGAACCGCGACACCCAGACGGACGACGGCUUCUGGGAGGGCGAGCUGAACGGGCGGGUGGGGGUCUUCCCCUCCGUCCUGGUGGAGGAUCUCACGGAGAACGGGGAGACGAGUGUGGGAGGGCUGAACGACACGCAGAUUUCGCCGUCUUCAAAGUUGCCGUCUUCCUUGCCGCCUCUGCCUCUGUACGACCAGCCUCCCAUCAGCCCUUUCACCAGCCCUGAGACCUCCACGCCGCCUCCCCUGCCGCGCUCCCCCUCCACCGCACUUAACGGGGAGCACAAGCUUCCGCUGCCGGCCUCAUCACACAAGGGACCGCUGUCCUCUCACAAUCAAAGCUCUGGCAGGAGUCCAGUGUCUCCAGGAUUUCCUCAGCCUCUGCGGUUCACAGCUGAAGGAGGCGGAGCGGGCAAACUACGGCCGGUGCGCGCUGCUCCGCCUCCACCCAAACAGCACCCCCGGCGACCGCAUGAGAAGAGCGACAAGACGGAGGAGGUGGAGAUCACGCUGGUGUGACAGAGCGGCGCUGGCGGGCCGACACGGCGCCACCAACCACGGAAAGCGGACCCUGUUGAGUGGGCGUGACCUGCGCUGACUACGGGAAGUUAAUCCAAUCGAACCGCACCGACACUGCCGGGCGCUCUGCAUCUUCUCUCAUCCCCCGAGCCGAGGAAGAGGAGGGCGGGGUGAUGGUUGGCGCGUUCCAAUAAAAUAAGCUCCAUUUCAGCCUCCUGAUGAGUUCUCCAAGCCGCCGUUCCACCCUCCCCCGUCCUUCCAGUCCGGCCUUAGCACGCCACCUCACUGAGCAGCAAAGGGGAGCGGGCUGAAGAAGAGGAGAUGUGCCUCAAGAAGGGGGGGACCGUGGGGGACACUCGCUGACGGCUACUUUAGACGUGUUAAGCUCGCAAAGACACGUGAGGCAGUUCUUCUCUUCUGCACUUUCGAAAACCCCCUGCAGUUAUGAAGCGUCGGCAGCAAACUGACUAACUCGUUUAAAGGCCAGGGAAGAAGCGACGCAUCCGACUUGAGAUAUUUAUCAAGCUGUUAAAAUCUGUUUUCAGGUAUAUCUGAAGGUUUCUAACGUUGUUUUUUCUCUAAAAGAUAAUCAGAAGAAUUUAAAGUCCUUGAAGCGGACUGGAUUCGUUCCCGUUGGUGCAAAAGUUUCUUAAAAAAGGAUUUUAGAGGUUACUCUGAAACAAAAGUUGCUUUUUUUCUAUUUUAUUUUUUUUUUAUUGGCAGCGUUUUAUUUCAAUGCAUCAACUUUUCUUUUUAUUUGAGCCAACAUCUUUGAACCUAAUCGGUGUAAAUAUGUGAAGGUUCACUAGCUUUUUGAUGAGCUUUAGAUCACUAAACAAUUUGAGGACAUACGGUGCCGGUGAAAGGUUUCAUAAAAUGAACGUCCUGUGAGUUCUUGGCUGUUAAUAACCGAUUUGAACGGCUCUUUUUUCCUAAUGGGCAAAACAAUCAAACAACAAAUGACUUCAGUGACGUUCUCAGACCCGAACUCUGUGCACAAGUUUGAGUUUAUAUUGUGUUUUUGCUCCUAGUUCACAAAUGGUCAAAACUAUUCACUGUUGCCCAAAUAGUUGGAACAGAUAUUUUAUUUCUUCUCGUGGUUGUGACAAGGUGACAGAGAAAAUGAAACCUUUAUGGGCUACAGUUCACAUACAAGCUCAAAUAUAUGCAUACACCACUACAAAUAUUUGGUUAAAAUAGCCUUUAGAGAGUUUAACUUCAUGGCACCCGAGACCAUCAACAAACGUCUAACAUAAUUGUGGUUUGAUACUAAAACCUCUUCACUUGGCUAAAUUAGUAAAGUCAAUUUGAUUCAUACUUCCAGAGGCUAAAUGAUGGCAUCUAUUUUUAUUUAUUUAUCUAUUUAUUUAUUUUUUUGUGGGAUAAUUAUCCUUUUGGAAAAGCCCGUCCACCCAAAGAAGAGUCAAGAUGAGGCUUUUAGCUUGGUGGUGGCAGCUUCAUGCUGAGGGUCUGAUCUGAAACCAGAGGCACAGUGGGAAUAGAAUAAACGCUAAAUAAAGCUCUCAAGGGGACAUGUGACCAAAUAUUUGUGGGAAAACAUUUAUUCAUUUGAGCCCGUAUGUAUAAUUCUGAGGGGUUUCGAGAAAAUCCACAGUAAAGUUCAACUUGUGCAUGGCCAGUUCUCGCUUUUAAAAUUCAUUCAUCGUUGGUUGCAGUACAAUAAGUCGUCUGUGAAUGAAAAAAAUUAAUAAAAAGGGCCAAAAUCAACACAGUGCUUCAGAUGGACGCAAACCUUUCACAGGGACUGUAUGUCUGACGUCCUCAGCUAAAUUCUGCGAGCGCCAAGAAGAUGUGAGGGGAAUAAAAGAAGAAGAAAAAAAAAAAAUCAACUUUUGCCUGGACAGAAAACCAAGACGGUGGGUUUGCUUCCUCCCGCCUCCCUCGCCACAUAUAGUCAUUAUCAUUAUACGUAUUUAAUGUGUAUUAGUACAGUACAUUACUGUCGUCAUAGGAAUGUUUAUGCACAUGGUUUCAUAUAGACUUAACUGAGCUGAAUGGGAUACCCUGUCUGAUAUGUAGUGGACGAUUUACCUUCAUCGUGUACUGAAAAGGGUGUUGUAAAUACAGCAGGACGGUGAGGCGGAAGGAGAGAGAGGAGGAAGAGAAGUGCCGAUGGAGGCUGGAUCCUCGCUUUGCUUGCGCUCGCCUCUCCUCCCCUCUCUGCCUCCCGUCUCUCCCCCUUAACGUUCGUUCUGUCUUUGGGCAGUCGGUGUGAAUCAGUGGCUAUAAUAUACACACAUACAAUAUAUUACACACACACACACAUUGUUAUAUCUUCGCUCAUUCUGUGCGCUGUGUGGGUUUUUUUUAUCGCCGAUUGAAGAAGGCAGGUAUUCACUAUGUGGUUAAAGAAAAAAAUUUAAUAAAAAAACAACAGCGGUUUGAGCUAAUGGAGACUUUUUUAAUAAUAAUAAUAAAAAAAAGAAGUAUUUAGGGCUAGAAACAAAGACUGAAGAGUUCAUCCUCAAAGAUCAAAUCUCAUUUUGCGUUGAUUUUGUUCAUGAGUUCGCAGAACCAAGAGAGAUGCUCUAAUGAAGCUAAAGGCUAAUCUCUGGUGUGUUCUUUUUCUCUUUUUUUUUUUACUCAGAGUAAAUAAAUCCCCCUCAUCUUAUAUUGUUCAAGCGUUUAAAAGUCCUUCCCUAAAGGGCGUCGUAGCACUUUUGUUUGACCCUUCCCCUGAAAGUAGCAGUGCCGUCGUCUAGCAUCGGCGUGGGCAGAGACGACUCUUACCGGCGAUCGUAGCGACACGUGCAGAGAAACGAGUUGCAUCCCUUUUUUUUUUAACCGAGGGUGACGGAUACAUGAAACAAUGAUGCACUCUUCAAAAGAGAUGAGAGGUGACUUUGUGUAAUCCCAUUUGGUGUUUUGUUUAAAUUAGGAAUGAAAUUCUAAGGAUUGCUGUUUUUUUUUUUUUUUUUUUACACUUUAAAAAGCAGGAUUUGGUCAUUUUGCCCCUUCGCCCUUUAAUAUAUUUGCAGCUUUCAUUGCUUUGACCUUUUUUUUUAUUAUACUGAAUGUGUGCCAGUUUACAUCCACCUUCUAGUGACUUUGUUCCCACUUCAGCAGUAAUUUAAAAUGAAUUUCUAAUGUAGGUGUAAAAAAAAUAAGUCAACACAUAUAAAGUCCUAAUGUAGGGAUUGGUGGCUGUUUGGCUCCAGUGAAUGAUGUCUACCGGUUGUCUUGGUUUGAUCAAGGCUCUCAGUCUGUCACAUUUCCAGACAGGCAAUACCAGAACCACAAUUAGGAGAAUUAGGGUGUAAAGUUAAAUAUGUACAAAAAAAACCCACAAUUUUUCAUGUAUGGUAGGAGCAUACUGAAGAUAUUAUAACUUAUCAAGUCAAAGGAAUGAAAUAAAAUGCCAAGAUAAAUACUCAAUGGUCUGGUGCAUUAGUGCAAAAUGGGGCUCAGAAGAAGCAAACUGACCCGAAGCGCUAAAGCCCUAAAGCCCUGGCCGUUGGUGCGAUCGUAUCCAACUGUUUCUAAAGAAAAUUACUGCUGGAAAAGUCCUAAUGUAAAACACACACUGACUGCUGGGACAGAUGCCCAAUUUGCUUUAAUGGGUUUAUUGAACUAUACAGCGCUACAAUCUAACAAAACGGGAAAUUGCUGCACUGGGGGGGAAAAAAAGUUGUUUUAUGAGGUUCCAGAAACUGAUGAAGAAAACUGGCAAUAAAUGUGUGCUUAUUUCUCUUUGUGAGAAUUAUUAUCAGUAAUCCUCCAAAGAUGUGGCUAAAGCUGCAGAGUACCUACUAGGUUACCACUUUACAAGGCAGAGAAGUGGGAUGUGUCCGGAGACAUUUUGAAUAGCAGCAGACUCUCCUUAAUCUCCCUGAAAUGUUUUUUUUUUCAAAGGUUUUCAGCGCCGCCUUUGAAACUUUUUAAGAUUUAGAGUGGUCUCGCAGGUUUGACGUUUACGACUUUUAUUUAACCGGUUGCCUCCUUAAAACAUGCCUAUUUCCUCCUCUCUUUUUUUUUUUCUCCUUUUUAUUUGACAGUCUCUUUAAUCUGCUCCAGUGUUGAGAUAUUUGUUACUUUGGUUUUUUAUGUUUUUAUAUGAUCCUAUAUUCCUCGUGUGCUGACCUGGAGCAGCGCAGCCCGCUUGCAUCGAUGAAGCGGGGAAACGAGCUAACAGACUGGCCUUCUCCCCUCAUAGACUGUUGCCCGUUGUGACAAUAAUGAGAACAAGCGCAAAAGGUCUUUCAGCGUAUUAAUAUUGGCUGUACAAAAAUAGAGUUUGUAUUUAUUGUGUACAAAAGUUAAUUAAUAAAAAACGUUUUAAAAGA